UUUUUUCGUUUGCAAUCGCGGAAGUGCUGCGACUACUUUGUUACGUAAUGUGCAGUUCGUAGCACAGUUAUAUUUACAAUAUUUGUGUUUUUGUCGUGAGACGACGUUUAAAGAAAAGAAAAGAAAAAAGACAGAAACUUAAACUCUGGCACAGACCGAAAAAUGGAGGACGACGCUCCUGUUAUUUAUGGCCUCGAAUUUCAGGCACGAGCACUUACUGCCCAGUCAGCUGAAACUGAUGCCAUUCGUUUCCUUGUGGGCACACAGUCACUGAAAUUUGACAACCAGAUCCACAUCAUUGACUUUGAUGAUGAAAAUAAUAUCAUCAAUAAGACUGUCCUCCUGCACCAAGCUGGGGAGAUAUGGCAUAUUGGUACCAGUCCUGCAGAUAAGGCUGUGCUCACCACCUGCUAUAACAAAACAAGUGACAGCAGGGUGGUGUCCUGUGCGGCAGUAUGGCGGAUGCCCUCUGAUUGGGAAACAGGAAGCCAUGAGUCACCUGACGACUCCGCCCACAACCCCCAAAGCCUGGAGUUGCUCUGUCACCUAGAUGACAGCACCCACAGCAACACUGCCUGUGUGCUAUGGGAGCCCAUGGGAGAUGGAAAGCGUGUGAUAUCAUUGGCUGAUAACCACGCACUACUCUGGGACCUGCAGGAGAGCUCCACACAGGCCAUGGUCUCUAGCACUGCCACCCUGGAGGGCAAAGGUCAGCUCAAGUUCACGUCCGGCAAGUGGAGCCCUCACCACAAUUGCAGCCAACUCACCACAGCAAAUGACACGGCCAUACGAGGCUGGGACCUUCGCACAAUGAGUCAGAUCUACUGCAUAGAAAACGCCCAUGGCCAGCUGGUACGUGACCUUGACUUAAACCCCAACCGCCAGUACUACUUGGCCAGCUGCGGAGAUGACUGCAAGGUCAAGUUCUGGGAUGUCCGCAACGUUCAGGAGCCUGUAAAGACCCUGGAGGACCACUCACACUGGGUGUGGAGUGUCCGCUACAACCAUAGCCAUGACCAGCUGGUGUUGACAGCUAGCAGUGACAGCCGCCUCAUCCUCUCCAAUAUGGUGUCAAUCUCAUCGGAGCCAUUUGGACACUUGGUGGAUGAUGAGGAGCUCAGUGAGGGAGAAGACAACCACCACGAGGGCAAGAGUAAAGAGCCCCUAAAGGACAGUGUGGUGUCCACCUAUGAGGAACAUGAAGACAGUGUGUAUGCAGCAGAGUGGUCAUCAGCUGACCCCUGGCUCUUUGCCUCACUCAGCUACGACGGACGCCUCGUCAUCAACAGGGUUCCUCGCGCACUCAAAUACCGCAUCCUACUCUGAGAGGGUGGGGAGGGACAGGUGAUCUGUAUGUGUGUGUAGGAUUAGAGUGAAGAGAUUGCUACAAAAACCAGUAACCAUGGUGCAGUCAAGUGAGCUGUGCAAGACACUGCAAACAGCUUGUGAAGGCAGCAAUACUAAAGACUGUGUGUGUUUUGUAAAUGUUCUGUAGGUCAUGUGUUCCAUUGACCACUGUAAACAAUAAAACUGCUCUGGCUAUCCCAAUUAAAAUAAUAAAAAGUCUUGAUGAACAUUU